CUUCUUCAACCAAUAUCAUCCUCAGUCCUCCUCACCCUUCAAUUUUCUCUUUCUCUUUCUCUCAGCUCCCUCAAAAUUAAGAUGGGCAGUAUUAUUAUUAAUAUUAUUAUUGUAGCUGUGUUUGUAUAUGGAUUUGGAUUUGGAUUUGUGGCUCAGAAUUUCUUGUCAAAUGCUCAGCUUCUGCCUCAAGAAGAAGUGGUAACUCUUCAAACAAUUUCUGACAAGCUAAAUAUGGGUUCUUUUUGGAGCAAAAUCAGCCAAAAUUCUUGUCAACGUCAACAACAAGACUUCAGUAAUUCACUUGACGACCAGAGUUUAGUUUUUCGGAAACUUAAUUUUAUCAACGGCAUCGGUGAUGUUUGCCACGUCCACAGCAUUUAUAUCAAGGGUCACAAUCUAUCGGGAGCUAUACCUGAAGAGUUUGGGAAUCUCCCGAAUCUUACAGAACUUGAUCUCACUCGCAACUACUUUCAUGGAUCAAUUCCUCGAAUCUUGGCUCGUCUCCCACUUAGAGUUCUGUCUCUGUUCGGAAACCAACUCAAUGGUUCGAUUCCGCCGGAGAUCGGUAACAUCGCCACGCUCACCGAGCUGGUAUUGGAGCAAAAUCAGCUUGAAGGUCCUCUUCCCGAAACCCUAGGGGAAUUGAGAAAUUUGAAUAGACUCGUUCUGUCUUCCAAUAAUUUCAAUGAAACCAUACCGAAUACAUUUCGAAAUCUAAAGAACUUAACCGAAUUUAAAAUAGAUGGGAGCAGAAUAUCAGGAAGCAUACCUAGUUUUAUUGGGAACUGGACCAAACUUGAAAGACUGAGUAUGCUAGGAACAUCCAUGGAGGGACCUAUUCCGCCUGCCAUAUUUGGUUUGACUAGUUUAACUGAAUUGAGAGUUUCUGAUCUCGGAGGAUCUAAUAUUAGUUUUCCUGCUCAGAUGAAUACGAGUAGUUUUGAAAUAUUGAUAUUGAGGAAUUGUUCACUUAGUGGUCAAAUUCCACGGUUCUUUGGAAACUCUAUGCGAACAUUAGACCUAAGUUUCAACAAGUUGACCGGCAAAAUUCCAUGGGAAACUGGUGAUUAUCUCAAUAGAAUAAAUUUCCUGUUUCUGACCAACAACUCACUGACUGGUGAAGUUCCGACUUGGAUGUUGAGGGCUAAAAACAAAUAUUUUGAUUUAUCAUACAACAACUUUUCUGGGAUGCUUACAGACGUGUCUUGUGAAUCUAUGGAAAAUGUGAAUCUGGUUUCUGGUUACUCAUCUUCCAAUAAGAGUCUGCCAUGGUGCGUCAGGAAGGACCUGCCCUGCUCUACCGAACCACAACCUCGUUCUUUGUUUAUCAAUUGUGGAGGCCCAAAUUUUGGUGAUUAUGUAGAUGACUCAAACAAGGACGGGCCGUCAUUCUUCCGUCAUUCAUCAGAAAGGUGGGGUUAUAGUAGUACAGGGAUUUACAUGGACGCUAGCGUGGACAAUACCCCGGCCAAUAUUAAAGAUUACGUAGUGAAAAGUGCUUUUCCUUCAAAUGGAAGUAACCCAAGAAUUUUUGACACAGCUCGCAUUGUCCCUCUGUCGCUCAAGUAUUAUGGCCUUUGUCUGAGGAGAGGGAGUUACAAAGUGACGCUUCACUUUGCUGAAAUAAUGUUUUCUGAUGACGAGAGCUUUAGCAGUCUUGGGAAGCGCAUAUUUCAUGUCUUCGUUCAAGGGAAACUAGUUUUGAGUGACUUCAAUAUUGCGGAGAGGGCUGGAGGUGUUAAUAUAGGCCACAAUGUGACAUUUGAUGAUAUUUUUGUUGACGGUAGCACUUUAGAGAUCCACUUAUACUGGGCAGGGAAAGGAACUACAACUAUCCCUCAAAAAAGUGUCUAUGGACCUCUAAUAUCUGCUAUUAGCGUGACAUCAAACGAUGAAGAUACUGGCUUAUCUGUUGGAGCUAUUGUUGGCAUUGUAAUUUCUUCAUGUACUCUUGUCUUGCUGAUUCUGUUAGUGCUCAGAAUGACAGGAUAUAUAGGAAAGAAAGACCUUGAAGAUGAAGAGUUACGUGGGUUGGAACUUCAAACAGGAUAUUUCACUCUAAAGCAAAUCAAAUCUGCCACUGCUAAUUUUGAUCCUGCAAAUAAGAUAGGUGAAGGAGGCUUUGGGCCAGUUUACAAGGGUGCCUUGUCAAAUGGUGGUACAAUUGCUGUUAAGCAGCUCUCGCCAAAAUCAAAGCAGGGGAAUCGAGAGUUUAUUAAUGAGAUUGGCAUGAUAUCUGCAUUGCAACACCCAAACCUUGUGAAGCUAUAUGGUUGCUGUAUUGAAGGAAAGCAAUUGCUGCUUGUAUAUGAGUAUUUGGAAAAUAAUAGUCUUGCUCGUGCUCUUUUCGGUCCUGAGGAGCAUCGGCUACACCUGGACUGGCCAACAAGACAAAAGAUAUGCUUGGGGAUAGCUAGGGGACUGGCUUAUCUUCACGAGGAAUCAGCAAUAAAAAUUGUUCACAGAGAUAUAAAAGCAACCAAUGUGCUGCUUGAUAAGGAUCUAAAUGCGAAGAUAUCAGAUUUUGGUUUGGCUAAGCUUGAUGAAGAAGAAGAUACCCAUAUCAGCACUCGAAUAGCGGGAACAAUAGGAUAUAUGGCACCUGAAUACGCAACAAGAGGUUACUUGACAGAUAAAGCAGAUGUUUAUAGCUUUGGAGUUGUAGCUUUAGAGAUUGUCAGUGGGAAGAGCAAUACAAAUUAUAGGCCAAAGGAGGAGUUUGUUUAUCUUCUUGAUUGGGCUUGUGUUCUACAAGAACGAGGCAAUCUUUUAGAACUUGUGGAUCCCAUUCUAGGUUCAAACUACUCCAAAAACGAGGCUAUGACAAUGCUUUACUUGGCUCUCUUAUGCACCAAUCAGUCUCCUAGCCUUAGACCGCCCAUGUCUGCUGUUGUUGGUAUGCUUGAAGGCAAAAUUCCAGUCCAAGCACCAAUAGUCGAACGAGACCGGAAUGCAAGGUUCAAAGCCUUUGAGAAGUUAGCACUAGACAGCGAAAUAGACAUUUCUUUGUACCCUCAUGAGAGUCAAGAAGUAGGCAUGUCUUCUGAUGCGCCUUGGAUUGAUUCCUCCGCAUCUCUCUGCACCACAGAUGGUAAUCAGGGCAAUGCCUCAUCAAGUAAGCCUCUCUUGAAUGACCUCUACGCAGUGGCCUAGUUGGAGGAAAUUUUCAUUAGUGUUGCAAGUCUAUCAACUGGGUAGACUUGCAUCAAUCCUUUUCAGAUUUCACUAAUGCUAUGUUUGGUUGGCCAGUUUAUAUUUGGAAAUAGAGAUUACGAGGAGUGUAUUAGGGUUGUAGAUUUGACCGAAAGAUUGCUGAACUAUAAAAAAAAAAAAAAAAGAAACGAAAUACUACAUUGUAUCAGAGUAAUGAUAUGUGCACCCAUUGGUUAUGUGUGUUCAUCUAUUUAUGCUCAAUCUCUACCUCCAUGAUGAGUUUUGAGAUGUGGGGCACCUAAACUUCAUACCACAUUAUAGCCAGUGACAUAGUAGUUUAGAUUAGCCAACUACAUUUAUCAAAAUUAGAGCACAUUGUUUUUAAAAUAAUGUUACUUAAUAUUUGAGUGCAUAAUUUAUGUGCACAUAUCUUUA